UUACGCUCGCAGAAAAGAAAAAAAAUGGCCCGCGUACAACAACACCCUUUGAAACGUUUCAUAGUGCAUCUACAAGAACAACACCAACACCUCAGUCAAGUCAAUAAUCACUUAUCCUCCUUCUUAUAUUGCCACAAAGAGUGAGACGCAGUUGGAUCACUCUUAGUGAGGAAUAACCAAUGAUGGGUAUGAAUCACGUGAUCAGUGUGCAUAGCAUUGCAGGGUUGGAUUCUCAUUCCGCGGCGGAGAAGGCUGUCAGUGUUAUUGGUCAAGGUUAUGAUCUUUGCACCGAUGUUAGAUUCUCUGGUUGCAAGUCCAGGUUGAUUGAGAUCGAUCGCACCCAUACUAGAGACCUUGUUUUCCCCGCUGGGGUUGUUCUUUCCAAUGUUCCAAACUCCAUCAAGUGUGACAAGGGUGAAUGCACCAGGUUUCAUUCGGACGUGCUCCCAUUUAAUCAGAUGUCUGAGCAUUUCAACAAACAGAUAUCCUUGUCGGGAAAGAUUCCAUCGGGCCAAUUCAAUAUCAUGUUCGACAUGAGGAAAUGUUGGCCUAUAGAUGCAGCUUCCACUAAAAACCUUGCUUAUGAUGGAUGGUUCAUAACAUUAUACAAUGUCGAAUUAGAUAGAACCAACUUAACCCUUUCGGAAAAUGUGAAAAAAGAAGUGCCUUGUUCAUGGAACCCCGCAGCUCUUGCUGAGUUCAUUGAAAAAUAUGGUACCCAUGUAAUAGUCGGGGUGCAGAUGGGAGGUAAGGAUGUUGUUCAUAUCAAGCAGUCAAAAAAUUCAGAUACAUCGCAGACUGAACUGCAGAAAUUGCUAAAGCAUUUAGCUGAUGAGAGGUUUUCUGAGACUUCAAAUCAAAGUUCUAAUGUCAAUCCUGCUGACAAAUCAAGAAAAAUAAAGGAUAAUCAUGGUAUUCUGUGGAGGAAGGACAAACCUAAUCCUGCUACUGGUAGGCCAGUUGUAAAAAGUCACUCCAAGAAUGAUGAUAUUGUGAGCGUUUCUGUUCGAAGAGGGGGUAUUGAUAAUGGUCAAUCUUUCAACCAGUGGCUUUCAACCAUAUCACAGUCUCCUAAUGUCAUUUCAAUGUCUUUUGUGCCUAUUACUUCCCUGCUGAAUUCUGUUCCAGGCAAUGGAUUUUUAAGUCACGCAGUGAAUUUGUAUCUUAGAUAUAAACCUGCAAUAGAAGAGCUUCAUCAAUUUCUAGAAUUUCAGUUGCCCCGACAAUGGGCACCAAUGUAUGGUGAUCUGCCUCUUGGAUUCGGCCAAAAGUACAAAAAGAGCAUGUCCCCAUCACUUCAGUUCACUCUCAUGGGACCCAAGCUUUAUGUCAAUACCGUGAAGAUCGACUCUGGGAACCGGCCUGUGACAGGCAUUCGGCUGUACUUGGAAGGCAAGAAAAGUGACCACCUAGCAAUCCAUCUGCAGCAUCUUUCAGAUGUUCCUGGUGCCCUCGAAAUUUCAGAAGACCACAGUUAUGAUCCCAUUGAUGAACCAGACGAUAGAGGCUACUACGAGGCUGUGAAAUGGAGCAUGUUCUCCCACGUGUACACAGCACCAGUGCAGUACAGGAGCUCCCGAAUGGACGAGUCCACAGCAAUAGUGACAAAAGCCUGGUUUGAGGUGAAGCUAGUUGGCAUGAAGAAGGUUCUCUUCUUGAGGCUUGGAUUCUCCACAGUGGCAUAUGCCAAAAUCCGCAGAUCAGAAUGGGAUGGACCUUCAACCACGUCUCGAAAGUCAGGAUUCUUCUCAGCAUUGAUGAGUUCAAGGCUUAGCAAAGAGUUGCAGUCACCUGAGAAGCCAACUAAGGUGGAUAUAAACUCAGCAAUUUAUCAUGGUGGACCACCUGUGCCAACAAGGGCUCCUAAAAUGCUGACUUUUGUGGACACAAAGGAAAUGGUUAGGGGUCCUGAGGAUUCACCAGGGUAUUGGGUGGUCACUGGGGCAAAACUCUCUAUAGAGGGUGGUAGAAUCUCUAUCAAGGCAAAGUAUUCUUUGUUGACUAUAUUGUCGGAAGAGUCUAUGCUGUAGUGAGAGUAGAAACUUAGUUAAUGCAGUUAUUUAUUGUUCUGUUGUAAAUAUCUUAUACCAUUUAUUGAAAAAAAGGAUAGGUAUAGGAGUGUCAUCUCGUGCAAAAUAGCCCGAGUAUGGCAAUUUCUGUAAUUGGUGGCUGAUAUAUUAUGGUGUUCUGAUUUUGUUUUGGCAUAAUUGCCUUCAAUAAUGAAUUAUAGUAUUUGGAAUCAAAGUGUUUGAUUUUUUAUUUUA